AUGGUGAAAGUUAGAGGAAUCGGAACAGAAGUGCAGUGUCGGGCAAUUCUCGAUUCAGGCUCACAAGUUAUAUUUGUGACUGAACGAUUGGUUAAACGUCUUGGCAUCUCAACUAAAACAUCAUCAAUCUCCAUUAGUGGCAUCGGGUCAAGGAGCACUAAGAUACAGCAUCGAAUCAAUGUGGUGCUACAGUCUCGGAUCAACAACUUUACAACGCGGUUAGAGGCAGCGGUAUUGCCUCAGAUUAUAUCCCCGCAGCCGUCGCAAGAAAUCAAGAUCGACGAAUGGCAAAUUCCUGAGAACAUCAUGUUAGCCGAUCCAUCAUUCAAUCGUCCUGACAAAAUUGAUAUAUUGUUGGGGGCGGAAUUCUACAACCAACUGAUGGCAGCAGGGCAAAUCAAACUGUCAGAUGACCUACCCAUUCUGCAAAAUACAGUGCUGGGAUGGAUCAUCGCGAGAAAAGUUGGUGGCAACUACAUCUCAAAUGCAAUAUGUGGAAUCUGUACCAACGAUGACAUCAACUUAGAUGCAGCAAUUUUUCGAUUAUGGGAACUUGAGGACGUUGCAACUGUAAGAAAACAACAUUCCGUAGCAGAAAAACAGUGCGAAGCUCAUUUCGCACAACAUACACUCAUCAAUGAAAAUGGGAGAUUCAUGGUAAGGCUACCAUUUCAUGAAAAUCCGGAGGCCUUAGGGGAAUCCUAUGGGAUGGCGUAUAAUCGAUUCCUGGCCUUAGAACGUCGACUGGCAAAAUCGCUCCAGACAAAAAAUCAAUAUGUACAAUUUAUGGAGGAAUAUGAGAAUUUGGGGCACAUGACGCAAGUGGAUAUUGAUUCCAUCAGUAAACCUAGGUACUUCAUUCCUCACCAUUGCAUUGUGAGACCCGAAAGCCGCACUACAAAAUUAUGUGUGGUGUUCGACGCAUCAGCAAAAUCGUCCACUGGCAUGUCUUUGCACGACCUCAUGUAUACCGGACCCACUGUUCAGAGCGAGCUUUUAACCAUUUUACUUCGCCUCCGUUUGCCCAGGUUCGUCUUCACCACAGAUGUAGAAAAAAUGUAUCGACAGAUGCUCAUUCAACCGGACGAACGCAAAUUCCAACUUAUCAUCUGGCGAAAGGAUUCAAGCCUACCAAUAAAGCAUUAUCAGCUAAAUACAAUCACAUAUGGGACAAGAUCUGCUCCAUAUUUAGCCACCAAAUGUUUGCAGAAAAUUGCAAAAGAAAAUGCAUUACAAUAUCCUCUUGGUGCUCAGUUUCUACAGGACAAUUUUUAUGUAGAUGACGGAAUUGGUGGGUCAGACAGCUUAACCACGACGAUGGAAAUCCAACAGCAACUGAUACACAUCUUAAAACAACGUGGUCUUAAACUAAGAAAAUGGUGCGCCAAUCACUCACAAUUACUGCAAAAUGUUAGAAUGGAGGAACAAGAAGUUGGGGUUAACAUGGAUGCCUAA